AUGUCCCCAGGGAUUAUCAUUUUGCAGGUUAGCGCAUUUAUCCAGCAGCUGGGAAGGGGAGGUCGGUUACGCCGGAAGGACUUCCAGGGGGAUGCGGAUUGCGAGUGGGCGACAUUUGGCAUGGACAAUCGACGGCAGGUUAUACCCCGCGCAGUUACUUGGGCAUUGCCACCCACGUCCUCAGUGAAACUGAAUACCGAUGCUAGCGUCACCGAGGGGCUGGCCACCGGGGGAGGACUGGUGCGUACUUCAGAUGGCGACCUGGUUUUUGCAUUUUACAAGGAGUUCGGGGAGUGCGAUGUGCUCACGGCAGAGGCGUUGGCGUUAUUGGAAGGUUUGCGGUUAUGUUAUGCUCGGCACAUCAUGCACUUUGUGGCUGAGGUGGAUUCGAGUGUUUUGGUGCGCAUGGUCUCCUCUUGCGGUCCUGCCCGAUGGCCUUUGGUCAAUACUCUACGUCAUAUUCAAUGGCUUUCAGGGCAAAUGGGGGUCUCAGUGGCUCACAUCUAUCGCGAAGCAAAUACGGUAGCGGAUGCCCUUGCGUGCUCGCGGCCACAACAGGAUGGCGUUUUUACAGUCAGGGCUGAGCUUCCUCGGAAGGCCCGGUCCGCUCUCCAGUUGGACAGGCUCUCAGUUCCCUCGAUUCGGCUAGGCAGGGUCCGGCAUUAG